GUGGGGUGUGCGGCCCUAUUAACGAUCUAGGUAGGCCGAGAAUGAUGAUUUACACACCAGCUCACUCGCUACUCCUAUAACACAGCUUACAGUUGCACAGUGGAUAUUUUUUCGCAGGCUCCGGAAAAUGUGUGCAGAAAGUUUCAUCGGAAUUAAUUGUUUAUAUAGGAAGAGUGAAUAUGUUUGUACAGCUUGGGUAUAAAAUCUCUAUACAGUAUACAUGUCUACUUUUGAUAGUUUUGGUUCAAACAUUAGCUAACCAGUGUGUCCUUCAGAAUGGACAAUGUACAUACAACAUCCUAUUGUCCCACCAGACAGAAGAGUGCUCAUCAGGGGGAGACAACUUUAGUAAUCAGCAAAAUGACAAUUCCAACAGACACGUGCGCGUGCUUGAAACUGAUCUAGAAGUUGUUAAGACGAAUCAUGAGGAUAGAAUCCUCGAAUUAGAGGCAUCGGUACAGAAACUCCUCAGGGAUGCGGUGUCUACUGGUCCUCGGAACCCGGGGGGAGAGGUUGGUACCUUCAAUAACGAUGUCAGGUCCCCCGGGCCGAUACGACAAGCGCCGAAUCGGACUGAAAAUACUCUGCUGUCCCGGUUGAGUCGAGAAUUCUCGGCUCUUCGCGAGGAAUUAAGAGAAAAGACUCUGGCACUCCUUGAUAAGGAGACAAAGUACAAUGAGACAAUCGAAGCCCUGAGGGAGGCGCAAGAGGACCUUCUCGAUACCGGAGAGGAAUUAAUCCUGACCGAGCACAAGGCGGCUACGCUACAGAGAGAAGGGUAUAUUCUGAAAAACAAACUAAAAGACAAGACAGCUAGGCUUGAAGUGGCCACUGAGAAUCUCAAUGUUUCCGAAACUAAACGUCGAGCUAUGGAGAAUCAACUGUAUACUCUAGUGCGUUCUGAAGCUAACCUUAAGGAGGAGAUGGGAUAUUAUAUAUAUAAGUUAAAUAAAACAGAAAAGGCUUUAAAGAUUUUACAGAGAAACCACACGGAUCUUAAACAUAGGCAUGCGCGGACCAAACGGACAUUAAGAAAAACGGAAGAGCAGUUGAUGGAUUGCUAUGCAGCUAAAACUCAAACCUUCUGCGGAUUUGAGACCAAAGAUGUGUGUGGAUUUUCCCAAGAAAAUGAAACCGACGAUUUUAAUUGGCUGAGGGCACGCGUCCAGACGCCCUCUAGUAAUACAGGCCCAACGGGGGACCACACGUGUGGAGUCAAAACCGGGGGGCAUUUUAUGUACAUAGAGGCCUCGGGCAGACGACCUGGGCAAACAGCGUCAUUGAAAUCCGUAAAAUACCGCGCGUUAACUAUGCAGUGUGUGGAGUUCUACUACCAUAUGUACGGCAGGACAACUGGCACUCUCAACGUCUAUACAAAGACGGAUUCUGUUGAAGACACGCGGUCAGUAUGGAGAACACAUGGUAACCAAGGUGACGUCUGGCUCGUGGCACGGCUUGCUAUCCCGGAACAAUUAGCCCGCAUCGGUUACCAGGUUGUGUUUGAGGCGAUAAUAGGGCGUGGUUACCAGGGCGACAUGGCCAUAGACGACAUCAAAGUCACUGACGGGCUUUGUCCCACGGACAAUCGGGCAGUCCCGAUCCCAGUCCUGCCUCCGGAUAACGAUGUGACGCCAUCUCCGAAUAUGACCGCGCCCGCACAAGGGAUGAACAUGAGGCGGUUCCGAAGGUUGAGGCGUAUAUUCCGGAACAGAAGACGACGGACAACUCCCUUACCAGUAGUGUCUACUACACCAACAACGUGAUCAUUAAAAUGUUUGAUAAGUAGAACUCCGUGUAUGGAAAAACUGCUACAAAUGUAAGCUCUCUGCCUGUGGUCUUGCACUAUACGACCAAGCACACAAUUGGUAAAAGUACGUUGCAGAUUCGAAAGACUCUUGUGGUGUUUUGCUUGAUGGAAGAGAUGAGUAUCGCGUGGGGCAACGACCACGGAUACUUCCACUGACACUAAGGGGCUUACCGAAUGCCUGUAAUUGCAUGUUGUACGGACUAGAUGUGAAUUUUAAUAAUUUUCUUCAAGGAAAAUUCAAACGUUCGCCGUGUUUGUCUUUAAUUUAGAUUAAAAAGCGUUGAUGUUUGAUCAUUGAACCAUUCUGUUCCGCAUCCUUCAUGAAAUCAUACUGUAAAUAAUUGCAUUUUUGGGGUGGUUAUAUUUUCUCCGGUGUUUAUAAGACGUUAAAUUUUGAGAACAAUAUGUGAAGAAGCCAUACCCAAGAAGAGGUCACAAAUAAAAUGGAUGGCUUGUUUGAACGUGUCUGAAAGCAUACAUUUAGCAGAUAGAUGAGAUGUCCCAAACCGGUGAAUUUUGAGAAACCUGUCUAGGUUCUUGACUCGGUUGGUCAAAUCGACGUCACAAGCAAGCUUGGACGGCAUUAUAGAGGAGGAGAAAUGUUUUACAAUGCUUUGUUAUACAUGUAUACGUAGUUAUCGAUGUACUGAGGCAUGAGUUUGUAAUACAUAGUGCUAAACACUCGUAUGCGGAUAUAAAACAACGAAUUGUGUUAUUAAACAAUACUAUGUAU